GUGCCGAAAAUCACGAAGGUCGUGGCACCGCACGGUGAGGGCCACUUCCUCAAGGAUAUGGAGAACUUGGACCCGAAGGCUGUCUUCGCCAACGAGCGGACCUUGCUUCACUACGCGGAGAAGGGUAUGUACGUGGCAGCGGUGGCGGUUACAAUGCUCCACCAGAGUGACAAGGGCUCGAAAUGGCAGGCCUUCGGCGGGCUUCUGGUGGUCAUUACUGCCGCGUACUACGUAUGGAUCCUGGCGGCGUACUUUCAGCGCCUGGCAGAGAUCACGGGGCGCUCCAAGGUGGCGAAGAAUCGCGAGGCACGUUUGGACUGGGAGACGGGCCCUUGGCUGGCCACCGGCAUGGUGUGCGUGAUCUUGGUCUAUACGCUGAGCAAGGGCUUCUCGAAUCUCAUCUUCCCGCCUGAGUCUUGAGCCGCACGCGGGACAUCGGAGAGGCGCAGAGGCCACAAGGUAAAUGGGGCGUGAGUUGGUAGCGCAAUCUUUGCUUCAGCGCCCCUUUGGCAAAGGGAGAACUGAAUCAGGUCACCUUUCCAACCAAAGGCAAAGGCGCAAUGCAACAUGAAGGCCCUCGCCUCAGGAUAACGUUUGUCAGGCAAGAACACCCGCGAUAUGUUG